AUGAAUGUCACUGAAGAGCCAAGACAAAGGAGUGUACCAGCGGAGCCAAGACAAAGGAGUGCACCCGAGGAGCCAAGACAACGGAGCGCGCGCGAAGAGCCACGACGUUCAGAGAGUGGAGCAAGAGACCCUAUGUUAUCUGUGUUCCAAGAGAUAUUAGCACAUAUGCGAGAACAAUCGUCACGCCCAAGUGCAUCAGAGGCCCCGAGCUUCCUGAAGAUUGUGAAGAUCAUGAAAGAUUUGGGAACCGAUAAUUUUAGAGGAGGAUCAAACACGUUUGAAGCAGAUCAAUGGUUGCAAAACCUGGAGAAGAAUUUUGACGCAACCCGAUGCCAAGAAGACUACAAGAAAGACGUUGCAGUAUACUACUUGAAGGAUGAUGCUAGUGAUUGGUGGGCUAGUGUGAAGAGACACUAUGGUCAAACAAAUCCAACAUGGACGGAGUUUCGAAAGGAGUUUAAAGGAAAGUAUUUUCCACCGGAGGCUAGAGAUAGAUUAGAGAAUGAGUUCAUAAGCUUGGAACAAGGCGAGAAGAGCGUUCGAGAACUUGAAUCAAUCUUUACUCGACUACGGAAGUACGUGUACCGAGGACGAGAAGAUGAAGCAGUUAUGGCACGUCACUUUUUACAUGCGCUACGACCAGACAUCCAGGGUAGGCUCAUGUCUGUAACUUACCAACGAGUUGAUGAGUUGGCUGAGAGAGCUGUAAACAUGGAGGAGAACAUAGAAAUGGAGAAGGAAGCCAUCCGUCAAGACCAAGAGAAGAACAAGGCGAAGAUGAUGUCAAGUGAUGGCAAAAGUCGAAAGAGGAGUCAAUUCAACCAAGAAGGGCGUAGUCCAAAGCCAAAGAAAGGAGGAGUUGUGUGUUACUCAUGUGGAGAGUCGGGCCAUUAUUUUCGAGAGUGCUCAAAGGCAGAAAGGAGUUAUCGCCCAGUGCCAUCUCACAUCAUAUGUUAUAAUUGUGGCAGGGGUGGCCAUUACAAAGCAUCAUGUCCGAUGAACAAUGCCAUAGUAGCAGUGCCAGAAGCAAGAUAUCCCCCACUGACCAGUCCCGAAGAUGAGCAACCGGUGAAGCGGCAAGUAAGAGAGGAUCGCGUGUAUCCUUCCCCUUAG